CUUGUUCUUCGCAAAUGGUGUGAACUAAUCCCUGGUGCUGAAUUCAGGUGCUUUGUCAAGGAAAACAAGCUUAUAGGUAUAUCCCAGAGGGACUACACUCAAUACUACGGUCAUAUCUCUACGCAGCAUGAGGAGAUCUGUAGAUCGAUACAGGAGUUUUUCAAGAAACACAUACAGUAUAAAUUCUUGGAUGAAGACUUUGUUUUUGAUGUGUACCGAGACAGCAAGGGUAAGAUUUGGUUAAUAGAUUUUAACCCAUUUGGUGAAGUAACAGACUCCCUGCUGUUUACGUGGGAAGAACUGACCUCUGGGAAGAACUUGAAAGAAGACCAGGGUGAAGGGGAAGCGACAGAACAGGACUACCCAGUUUUCCGUUGUACAAACAGUAAGGUUACUGUCCAGCCGAGUCCAUACCUGAGUUACCGACUGCCGAAAGAUUUUGUGGACCUUUCUACAGGAGAGGACGUUCACAAAUUAAUUGACUUCCUUAAACUGAAAAGAAAUCAGCAAGAUGAUGACUGA